AUGGCGCCGGAGUUCCUCAAGGGGCGCUGCUGCUUUGGACUCAUCCAUCUCUGUACUCUCUGUAAUCCUCUCCUGGACUACUGGCAUCCGGAAUCCUCUGGGAGUGCUGAGUCGCCCAUCAUGAAGUUCGGCGAACACCUACGGUCGUCUAUGAUUAAGGAGUUUUAUUGGUACUACAUCGCCUACGAUGAAUUAAAGAAAGCCCUGAAGAUCGAUUUUGUCUCUCCGCCCACCCCUGCAAACCCCAAGCCCGACCGCAGGCCUUGGACCGAGGAUGACGAGCAGCGGUUUGUCGCCCUGCUAGAGAGCGAGCUGGAUAAGGUGUUCAACUUCCAGAGGCUGAAGAGUGAGGAGAUUGUACGUCGCAUUCAGGCGAUCGAGAAGGACGUCAACGAUGUCGUUUCCCGGAUGAACAGAGCCGCUCUCGAUGCGCGACACCCCAGUGACCACCGGCCCGCUGCUCUGCUGCCCAGCGACGAGGAUUUUUUGCUUCUCGAACAGGUUCUGAGCGAUAUCAUCGCCGACGUCCACGACCUGGCUAAAUUCACCCAACUGAAUUACACGGGUUUCCAGAAGAUCGUCAAAAAACAUGAUAAACAAACCGGCUGGUAUCUGAAACCGGUCUUUGCCGCACGGCUAAACGCGAAGCCCUUUUUCAAGGACAAUUACGAUGCUUUUGUGGUGAAACUCUCAAAGCUGUACGAUCUGGUCCGCAACAAGGGCGACCCCGUCAAGGGUGACUCGGCCGCUGGCGGUUCACAGCAGAACUUUAUCCGCCAGACGACAAAAUACUGGGUUCACCGGGAUAAUAUCACGGAACUGAAGCUCGUCAUUCUGAAGCACCUCCCUGUACUCGUAUUCAAUCCAAGCAAGGAAUUUGAAGAGAAAGACACGGCUAUUUCGUCGAUAUACUAUGACAACCCUGAUACGUGGGAGUUGUACGAAGGCCGCUUGAAGAAGACAGAAGGCGCUGAAGCCAUUCGCCUUCGUUGGUACGGCGGCAUGGAGAGCGAUCAGAUUUUCGUCGAGAGAAAGACCCACCGCGAGGACUGGACCGGGGAGAAGUCGGUCAAGGCGCGAUUCUCGCUCAAGGAGAAGAAUGUCAACGCUUAUCUCGCCGGAGAGUUAACAGUGGAGAAGAUUUUCGACAAGAUGCGCAAGGAGGGCAGGAAGAGCGAAGAAGAGAUCGCUGAUUUAGAGCAGUUGGCACGGGAGAUUCAAUACCGUGUCAUCACCCGUCGACUGGUGCCAGUGACUCGCUCGUUCUACCAUCGCACUGCCUUCCAACUCCCCGGCGAUGCGAGGGUCCGAAUCUCGCUCGACACAGAGUUGACCAUGAUUCGCGAGGACAACCUGGAUGGUCGGACGCGUGCUGGCAAUAACUGGCGACGGAUGGAUAUCGGUGUGGAUUGGCCUUUCUCCCAGCUCCCUGCAGAGGACAUCGAACGAUUCCCCUACGCCGUGCUGGAAGUCAAGCUCCAGACCCAGGCCGGCCAGGAACCGCCGCAGUGGAUUCGCGACCUGACGGCCAGUCACCUGGUGGAAGCGGUGCCGAAGUUCAGCAAGUUCAUCCACGGCACUGCAAUACUCUUUCCGGACCGCAUCAACCUUCUGCCAUACUGGAUGCCGCAGAUGGACGUGGACAUUCGGAAACCGGCGACUCGGCGGUUCGGCAUCGAGCGGCCACUGACUAGUACGUCGCUAUCUCCGAACGAAGACACGUUCGGGGACGAUGAUUCAGAUGAAUCAGGAAACGGCCAACCCAGUCGGAGGGCGAAUGGCGGUGUGAACGGGUCGACGCCCCGUACGCCUGAGCAGCAGUUCCCACUGGAGCAGAACGGUAUCUUCCCUGGCACGGAAGGCAAUGCGCUUGACAUCGAAGAACGCAUCGCCGCGCAGCCUCUCCCGGGCGACGAUGAUUAUCCGCUGUACGAUUCCGACGAGGAAGAACCAGUCAGUUCGGAUGAAGACGAGCUGGAAGAAGCGCGAAGGGUUGGCGGGACACACUAUGCAUGGGCAUGGGCCAAACACUGCGCGCGUCAAGUGCCGAAAGCUGUCGUACGCGGUCUCAUCGCAGCGAUUCCGCGACCUCGAGCCACGCCGCUUCCGCCUCCAGACGGAGCAGGAAUCACAGUGAUGGGAGCGAACCGGACCGUCCAACGGUUCCAAGCCCCCAAGGGCAAGCGCAUCUACGUCCCCGUUCGGGUCGAACCCAAGGUCUACUUUGCGGCUGAGCGAACGUUCCUGUCAUGGCUGGAAUUCUGCAUUAUCCUGGGUUCGAUUGCGGCCACUCUGCUUAACUUUGGAUACGACAUGGUAACGUUUGCAUCGGCGUGGGCGUUUACCAUCCUAGCGGCGCUAGCACUCCUGUACAGCCUAGUGCUAUAUAUCCGACGCGUGGACAAGAUCCGCAAGCGACGAGACGUCAAGCGAGUGUACUACGAGAAAUGGGGGCCAACGGUGCUGGGAAUGGGGCUGGUGAUGAUCGUUCUGGUGAACUUUGGGCUGCGGAUUCAUCAUGGAGGGUUUAUCGAGCGUCGAGGGCCGCUCUGGGUCCGUGGAUGA